AUGGCGGACGAGGGGCAGGUGGUGAUCCCUGACCUGGACGAUGCGUGGAUGGGGGAGCCCGAGAUCGCGAUGCCGCCCCCGCCGAUGCAGAGCCCGGGGUCGAUGAGCAACGGGCGUGCCUCGCCGCAGCGACCGCCAACGGGCGACGCGCUGCGCCACGGCGCGGCCCUCGACUACUUCGCCUCGCCCCCGCGCGCGUCCGACCGCACGCCGGGCACCCCGUUCUCGUUUCCGGUGAAGAAGCCGUCGUUUGCGUCGCUGCGGGCGGCCAUAAAGCGCGAGCCGACUACCCCGAGCGCGGAGCCGAACGUGUCGCCGUUCUUUGACGAGCCCCGCAAGCCGCGGCCGUACGACAUCAGCGCCGCGUCCGGCCUCGCGCAGGUCACUGGCAUGGGCAAGAGCGGGCGGUGGCACGCCAAGAGCGGGAGCCAGGCGUCGGCGGCGGAUGCGGACGUGUCGCUCGGCGUCGCGUCGACACGCAGCCCGUCGCGCGCAUCGCGCGCUCGGCACGCACACCACGGCUCGCACUACUCGGAGUACUCGAUGGAAGGCGUGAGCAUGUCGCCGAAUAGCUCGCGGGGCGUGCCGCCCGUGCCGGGCGACGACACGCUCUGGUCGCAGUACGAUGCGCCCUACGACGAGACGCGCGACGAGUCCGUGUCGGAUUUCGGUGAGCUGCCGUGGGUGCGCCGCGGCGCGCUCCUCGAUGCGCUGCCGCGGCAUAGCGAGCCGCGGACGCCGCUCGAAUUUGCGCUCGAGCAGGUGCUGCGCCGCUUUGCAGCGGCGGCCGAUGAGGCGUGGAUGGCCGUCGUCAUGACGGCGACCGAUGUGGACAUGGCACAGGCACUCUUUCCGACGCGCUCGCAGUCGUCCGACUUUGACGCGAUCCUCGAUGCACUCGGACACGUCGCCAAGCACAACAGCGCGAUGGUCAUCGACAGCCUCCUGCAGUGGCGGCAGUCGGCGAUGGACGCGCCGACGCCCCGCCUGCGGCGGCGCCCGAGCGACGCGACCGUGAGCGGCGUCGCGACGAGCGGCGACGAGGCGCUGCAGCGCCGCAAGGUGCUUGCGACGACCUACCUCGUGUGCCGCGCGCUGCGGAAAGCCGUGCCGGAGCGCGCCAUCGCCGACCCGGAAAGCGCGUGCUCGGACGCGUACCUCACGACGCUCUUUCAGCUCCUCCAUCUCUGCUCGAUCGACCGCGAGAACGAGCGGGGGAGCUUGCCGCAGCUGCACGCGACGCUGCAGCAGCAGUGCUUUGAUACGGUGGCGCGCCUCCUCGGGGCCUUGUCGCUUGUACGCCUCCCGGCGAUUGGCGACCAGUUUAUCCAGAUCCUGCGCCAGUCGAGCGCGGUGAGCGCGUCGCGCGACCACGAGCUCCUGACCGAGGCUGCGAUCCUCGGCAUGCGCUACCUGCGCAUCACCGUAUACCCCAUGGAGCAGUUUGAAGAGGGCGCGGAGCUCGUCGCAUCGCUCGUGCAGUUCUUUGCGCACUCGCACGGCUACCGCAUCAAGCGCGCCUUUGCGCGCGUCCUCUGUGCGAUGCUCCUGCCGGUCGCACGCACCGCCUCUGCCGAGCUGCACCACCCCAUCUGGCAGGGCGCGGUAAGCAUGCUCCUGCCCAAGACGCAGGCCAUGGCCGCACGCGCACGCUACUGGAGCGUCGCACAGCCCUUGUGGACCGCAGCGCUGUGCUCGGCGCCGCCCGAAGUGCUCCUCGCGCAGUGGACGCCGUGCCUGGACGUGGGCAACGCGCGCCUAAAGGACCGCAGCGCACGCCCAAUUGUGCUGCUGUGCGCGACGCAGCUUCUGCACGCCUACCUCUUUCACUGCCACGAAGGGACGAACGCCACGACGCGGCGCCUCGACGCGUUCUUUGCGCAAUACCUGCCCGCGCAGCGCGGCGGCAUCGCGCCGUCCGACGCCCAUCUCGAGCCGUACAUUGCCAUGGUGCACUACACGCUCUUCCGCCAGCCGGAGUACGCACAGUCGGUGGUGCUGGACAUGCUGCGCCACAGCGUGUUCCAGGACCGCUCGGUGGUACACCAGCCCGAACUGCUGCAGCCGACACGCAUGCGCAUUGCGCUUCGUGCGAUCGCCCGCACGCUGCAGUGCUACGCGUCGGGCGACGCGCCCCCGUUUCCGACGGGCGACGAGGGCGCGCUCCUGCCCGACGUGCCGCUGGGCGAUGAGCCUGCGACACCGAUCGCAUUUCCCAGCGCGGCGGCCGGCGCGCCGUACGGCACCUUUGCGGAGCUCAUCGGCCAGAUUGCGCUCAUUGCCGACUACCAGGUGAAGGACGUGACGGUGUUUGACGAACGCGUCGCCAUCGCACGGGGCUCGACGCUGCCGAGCAUGCCCAGCGACCGCUCGGCACUCGACCGCGAGCAGUACGUGGUGCGCACGCACGUCGCGGGCGCAUUUACCGUGGUGUACGCACGCGAGCAGCAGGCGUACCUCGACUUGCUGCGCACCUGCUUCGAAGUCUGGCCGCGGUGCCUCUCGCCGAGCCUCGCAAUGCCGACCGUGCUCGCGAUGCUUUUUCGCGCACAGUACAGCGCCGAGCCGGCCCUGCAGAAAGCAAGUGCCGCAGCGCUGCUUCGCAUCGCGCGCCAGUGCGCUGGCGGCGCGCUUGGCGUGGUCCAGGCGUACAUGCGCUGGGCCUUUCGCCAAGACGGCUUUGUUUGGGAACUCGUGGCGCAUGCCGAGAUGCUCCUGCCGAAAAUGACGCAGACCGUGCGUUUGUUUAUCGACCUGCUCGACGUCUGGUGGACGCAGCGGCGGUACGAGCAGGCGUCGAACGGUCACUACGCCGAAGACACGCUCGACGAGAUCGAGGCUUGCGCCGUGUACCUCCUCUGCGCACCGUCCGCGGCGCUCCGGCAGCAGGCCGUCACCGUGCUGCGCCUCGUCGCUGUGCUCCACGACGAGAGCACCGCACGGCCGCUGCCGCCCAAGCCGCGGCGCACCAUGCACCUGCUCGAGCAGCCGCGCUCGGCGUUCCUCGCCGCAGACAACACCGAACUCAGUGCGUCGCAGCGCGCACGCGUCGCGCGCUGGCACUCGGAGCCGAGCCAGGAGCCUCUCAGCGCGCUUGCGACGGCGAGCGAUGCCAUGUCGCAGUCGCUCUGGAUUCAUGCACUGCCUGCGAUGAUCGAGGCAUUUGCGGAAAAGAUGCCGGUAAGCGCGACGGCGUUCUAUACCUAUGUCCUCGCACGCGUCAAGGCGAUGGACGCGCGCCUCGGCACCAAGACACGCAGCGCACCUACGUCGCUUGCCAAGGUGUGCUGGCGGUCGUACACGGCUGCCUUGUGCGCUGCCACGGCGCUCGACACGCCCGACGUGCCGAGGGCAGACGUCGUGCCGCUCCUUGUGCCGUACCUAGCGAGCGACGAGCACGACUUGCGCGACGCCGCAGCUUAUGCACUGGGGUACACACAAGGGCCGGUGUACGUCCCGCUCCUCGCCGCCCUGCACGCCGCCGCACGGCCCGUGCACGAAGAGACGCGCCUCACGCCAGCGCGUGUGCAGACCGCACGGGUCGUGUACCACACCGCGCCGCGCAUGCCGCGCGUAGCCGACGAUGCGCGUGUCGCGCGGCUGGUCGGCGCAUGGGUCCAGGACACGCUCACCUUUUUGCAGGGCCGCGCAGGCCUGCCCACGGCCGAGCUCUGUGCGCUGAAGCGGUACUUUGCCGCGACCGUCGGGCACUUUUACACGGCGCUCGGCGCGGCGGCGCCAGAGUAUAUGCCGACGCCGAUGCACGUCGAAUUGUUCGGCAUGCUGUACGACUGGCACAGCAUGCAAGGCGCAUCGCGGCUCGCCGCCGAGCUCUCGGCUGCGGCCGAGCAGUGUGUCGAUGCCCGCCAAAAGGAGCGCGUGAUUGUGAUGCAGCGCCACGAGCUGCAUCUCCUUGCGACGCACGCCGAGCAGGCGAUGGCGGCGCUGUGUGCGGCGGCGCUGCCCGACGCGCCCAACACGCCCUUGGCGCUGCCGACGCUCCUUGCGUGGAUCCGCACGCUGCUGCAGAGCACCGAGAGCCACGGGCCACAGACCGGCCGCGCGGCGCUCCGUGCGCUCCUCGAGCACAACGGCGCGAAUACGGCGCUGCUAGAGGCGGUGCUCGUGUACGCAUUCAAAGACCUCGCAGUCCGCUCGGCGCCGCGCACGUUUGUCGACGUGCUCGCCGAGACGUACUGCGCGACGCCGCUGCACCUCGCGCCGGGCGCGGCGAUGGCCGUGGGCCUUGUGCACCUCGCGCACGCCGACGUUGUUGUGCGCGCGCAUGCCGUCGCGAUGCUCGAGGUGACGGCGUCGCGCUGGGAUACGCCCGCGUAUCUCGCACAGUAUGCGGUGCGCGCGACAAGCGCGCAGCCCUCAGCGUACCUCGCGGCGCAGCAGGCCAUCUCGGUAUGCCUUGCGCAUGCGUGGCCCGCGCAGCGUGCGGCGGUCGUUGCGGAGCUCGUGCGGCACAUUGAUCACCUGCCGCUCGAGGCGCACGACGCGGUGCUUUCGGUGCUCCCUCCGUGGGUCGAAGAGAUUGCGCAGUUUGCGCCGCGGCAGCGUGUGCCGCUCGACGACGAGCCACACGCGGUGCUCACGCGCCUCGCCGCACUCACGUUUACCCACGGCACGGCACACCCCCUCCAGGUGCGUGUGCUGUGGACAAGCGUGCUGGGGCAUAGCGCCGACAGCGGCGCGGUGCUUGCGUCGUUUGUCGUGCACCUUGCGCUUGUCUUUGGGAGCGUCGAGAGCGUGGUGCUUGCGCAGCAGGUCGUUGCGUGCAUCGACGCACGCAUCGUGCGUGCCGCCGUCUUUGCCCAUCUCUGCGAGCAGCUGCGCCCCGACGCGAUUCCCAUGCUCUCGGUCCACGGCGAGGUCGGGCGCUUUGCGUCGCUCGCGACGCGCAUGCAGCCGGCGGACGGCCCGGCGCUUUCUGCGCCGCUCGUCGCCAUCCUGCUCAUGUCGGAAUGCGUGAGCGCCGACGAGCGCGCAAUGAUCCACCACCUGCCGAUGCUCCUCCACGGCCUGUGUGUCCAGAUCGCAAGUAUGCCCGAGUCGCUGCGCGACACGUUUGCGUCGGCUGCCGAGCAGAUGCUGCGUGGCAUUGCCGCGGCUGCCGCAGGCAGUAACGAGCACAGCGACAGCCCGCUGGUAAGCGACGCGAUUGUGCCGGCGGCCCCCACGCCGUUUGCGACGGCGCUCGCGGCGGUGCACGCGUCGCUGCGUGCUGGUAUGCCCGGCGACGAUGCGGCGAAUAUGCGUGCGCUUGUCGACGGUCUCUGUGCGCUUGGCCUGCCCCUCCUCCCCACGCUGCGCGAGGCGUGGGCGGCCGAGGCGCUGCAGUGGGCGACCGCUGCGCCUGUCUCGCCAUCCGCAUGCCGCUCGCUCGAGGUGCUGCGCACGCUGCGUCCGCCGCUGCACGAUGCCAUGCUUGCCGAGCUCCUGGCGCGUCUCGGUGGCACGGCGGCGCAUGCGCAGGCGGACCACGAGGCGUACGCGCAAGAAGUCCUGCUUACGCUGCACGCGACACUGUGCGAUGCAGGCGAGCUGAGCGACGAGACGCUCGGGGCCCUGUACUGGGCGGCGUCCGCCGCGGCGUCGACCCCGAUCGAGGACGAGUUUGCGUGUACCGUGCGCCUGUUGCAGACGCUGCUCGGACGCAUGGAGGGCCGGCCGCUCGACGGACUUGCUCCGCCGCCCGGCUACGAUGUUGCGCCGGGUCUGCAGCGCAUUCUCCUGCGCGGCCUUCGCUCGGCGACGCUGUGCGACGCGACCUUUUCGCUGCUGGUGCGCCUCACGUCCUUCCCGCUGCCGUACCUCGACGAAAGCUUCGAUACGCGCGCCGCCGUGCUGCUUGCCGCCUCGCUCCCGUGGUGCAUGCAGGCGUGCGACAUGCGCGCCGGCAGCCUGCGCCACGCGGAUGCCCGCGCCGUCGAUCCCGCCGAGAUUGUCGCACUGGGCGAAGGCCUCGCGGCCGCGGCGGACGCGGCGCAGCGCCCCGACCUUGCGCGUGUCGCGCACUCGAUUGCCCGUGCGCGUUUCCGCAGCACGGACGAGCUGGCGCGCCAGGCCGCCUCGUGCCUCGCGAGCUUUUGUGCGGCGGACGAGUCGCUCGGCGCUACGCUCGUGCUCAUUCUGCUGCACAUGCUCUUUUGCGAACGCGAGUGGGUCUGCCGCCAGACGCUCGUCGCGCUCGCCGCGGUGUUGGGCGCGCUGCGUGCCCAGAAUGCGGACGGGGGCGUGCGUGCGCUCGGCGCGCGCAUGCUCGAUCCUCUGCUCGCGCUCCUUGCGACGCCGCUUGCGCCGCUUGCGCUCGAUGUGCUUGAUGCGCCUGCGCUAGCACGCGAUGCAAACGACCCCCGCGACGGCGACAAGCUCUUUGGCACGCCCUCGCCGUCGGGCUGGGGCAUUGCCGAGUGGCGCCAGGACGCGCUGCGUACGCGGCACAACCUCCAGUCGGUUUCCCGUGCGUUUGGCGCAGCGCAACACGCGGCCGCCGCCUGGGAAGAGGACGAGGCGGAGGAGCUCGGGGCGCUUGCAUCCCAGCUCGACGACCUCGCCUCGUACUUUGGGCAGAGCGACGAGGAGGUCGAGGCGCCGCAGACCGAGGACGUGGCCAAGAUCCUGGCGCGCUCGACGUACCGCACACGCGACUCGGUACUCUUUGCGGCCGCGCCGCCCCCCCUGGACGCGGUGCUGAGCGACAUGUACCCCGACGUGAUUGAGGAGGAGUCGGUGCUCGACUACAUGCCGAGCACGCCGCCGCGCACGCGCGCGAGCGAAAGUAGUUUGUCGGACGGGCUGCGCGACGAGUAG